GUGAGGGAAACACGUUUGGCGUCAUCGACAAGCACGUGACCGACUCGAUUCUGCGCAGUGCGCAUCUCGACGUGGCAUGUGAUGAGAGGAUGCAAUGCUGACCAAAUUUGAGACGAAAUCGGCUCGAGUGAAGGGUGUCGCAUUCCAUCCCAACAGACCGUGGGUUCUCUCCAGUCUCCACAACGGCGUCAUCCAGCUAUGGGACUACCGAAUGUGCACGCUCAUCGAUCGCUACGACGAGCACGACGGACCCGUACGCGGCGUCGAUUUCCACUGUAAUCAACCGAUAUUCGUUUCGGGAGGCGACGAUUACAAAAUAAAGGUGUGGAACUAUAAACAGAAGCGAUGCUUGUUCACACUGUUGGGUCAUCUGGACUACAUCCGCACUUGCUUUUUUCAUCACGAGUAUCCGUGGAUUUUGAGUUCCUCUGAUGAUCAGACCAUACGCGUUUGGAAUUGGCAGUCCCGCAAUUGUCUGUGUGUGAUUACAGGACACAAUCAUUACGUCAUGUGUGCACAGUUUCAUCCCAGUGAGGAUCUCAUCGUCUCGGCAUCUCUUGACCAAACCAUCAGAGUCUGGGACAUAUCUGGUCUUCGAAAGAAAACCGCUCAGCCAGGUCUUGGUGGACUAGAAGAGCAGAUCAAGGGGUCAGCACAGACCGAUCUUUUUGGAUCUUCUGAUGCUAUUGUGAAGCAUGUGUUGGAGGGUCACGAUCGUGGAGUCAACUGGGUGGCGUUUCAUCCUACAAUGCCACUAAUCAUAUCAGGAGCAGACGACAGACAAGUAAAGCUCUGGAGAAUGAACGACACGAAAGCAUGGGAAGUGGACACAUGCAGAGGUCAUUAUAACAACGUAUCAUGCGCUCUGUUUCAUCCUCGACACGAUCUAAUUCUUAGCAAUUCAGAAGACAAGAGUAUUCGAGUAUGGGACAUGUCUAAAAGGACUAGCAUUCAGACAUUUCGGAGAGAGAACGAUCGUUUCUGGGUACUCGUAGCUCAUCCUACACUCAACCUGUUUGCUGCCGGGCACGACACGGGGCUCGUCGUGUUCAAGUUAGAACGCGAGAGACCACCGUACGUCGUCCAUCAGAACAAACUCUACUACGUGAAGGAUCGCUACUUGAGACUGUACGAGAUGGGAACGUCGAGAGACGUUGCUGUAAUGCAGCUGAAGAGAAACGGAGGGUCGUAUCGACCUCCUGUCGCUACGAUGUCUUACAAUCCAGCCGAGAAUGCCGUGCUGUUGACUACGAAUACUGGAAAUGCUGAUAGCAGCUCGUAUGAAUUAUACAACAUUCCCAAGGAAUUUGAUAGUGCAAAUCCGGAUGUUGUGGAAUCAAAGAGAUCAAACGGUAUUGCUGCUGUGUGGGUGGCUCGUAACAGAUUUACGGUGCUGGAUCGGCAACAACAAUUGAUUGUCAAGAAUCUGAGGAACGAAGUGGCAAAGAAGGUCCAGGCACCGAAUUGUGACAUGAUCUUUUAUGCUGGGACUGGCAACUUGUUGCUUCGUGACAACGAGCAUGUUACACUCUUUGAUGUUCAACAACGAAGAUCGUUAGGCAAAGUGAAGAUGAGCAAAUGCAAACACGUGGUGUGGUCGCCUGAUAUGUCUCACGUUGCUCUCAUUGGCAAACAUUAUGUGAUUAUUUGUAAUCGGAAGCUGGAAGUGCUGGCUACUAUUCACGAAAGCGUGCGAUUGAAGAGUGCUGCGUGGGACGAAAGUGGAGUGUUGGUGUACAACACGAGCAAUCACAUCAAAUAUGCUCUCAACAAUGGAGACAAUGGUAUUAUUCGAACUUUGGAUUUGCCAAUCUACAUGGCUCAAGUCAAGGGCAACACAGUGUACUGCUUGGAUCGAGAAUGUAAAACUCGAGUUCUGAGUAUUGAUUCAACUGAAUUCAACUUCAAGCUGGCGCUUGUCAAUCGAAAAUACGACGAGGUUUUACACAUGGUUAGGAAUGCCAAGCUAGUUGGUCAGGCUAUUAUUGCUUAUCUGCAGAGGAAGGGAUAUCCAGAGGUUGCAUUACACUUUGUGAAAGACGAACGAACGAGAUUUGCAUUGGCUCUUGAGUGUGGUAACAUCGAGGUUGCGUUGGACUCUGCACGAGCUCUUGAUGAUAAGGAAUGCUGGGAGAAAUUGAGUGACAUUGCUCUAGCCCAGGGUAACCAUCAAGUGGUUGAGAUGGCGUAUCAGCGGACGAAGAAUUUUUCUCGACUUUCGUUUUUGUAUCUGAUCACGGGAAACACGGAGAGACUGCGGAAAAUGGUCAAAAUUGCUGAGAUAAGAAAAGACUCAGCUAGUCAUUUCCACAAUGCUCUCUUUGUUGGUGACAUUCGAGAGCAGAUCAAGGUUUUGCGUUCAACCGGCCAAAGUCCAUUGGCUUACUUGACUGCCGUAACACACGGUCUUACAGAAGAAGCACAAGAGAUUAAACAGAAUCUUGGUGAAGAAGAGCUGGCAAUAAAGGUUCAUCCUCGGGCUAAACUGCUUCGGCCUCCACCUCCAAUACUGCAGACUGACACUAACUGGCCGCUGCUGACAACAACGCGGUCGUUCUUUGAACAGUCUGUGACGUCUAGGACAUCAGGAGGACCGAAGCUUGUUGCCACUUUUGAUGCGGAUGCGAAGGUGGAAGGAGGAUGGGAAGAUGACGAAGAAGUGAUUCUUGAUGAAGAAGGUUUACCAGCCGAUCUUGGUGAAGAAGUUGACGAAGAAGGUGGUGGAUGGGAUGCCGGAGAUGAUGAUCUGGAGUUGCCCGAUUUGGAGCUGGGUUCAUCCACUGUUGGCGAAGGUUACUUUGUGCCGCCUACGAAAGGAAUGACUCAAGCUCAAGUGUGGUGCACCAAUUCACAGUUUGUUGCUGAUCAUGCAGCGGCUGGAUCUUUAGAGACGGCUAUGAGGUUGCUUCACGAUCAGAUCGGUGUUGUCAACUUCACACCUCUGAAGCCUCUAUUCAUGCAAGCUUAUUCGACAGCGAGAACCAGUUUUGUUGCAUUGACCAGUCUACCGCCACUAUUCGGCUAUCCUCACAGAAACUGGCAAGAUGCCGGCGCCAAGAAAGGUCUCGCUGCUGUCGGACUUCAACUGGGAACUCUUGUUCAUCGUCUGCAGGCAGCGUAUCAGUUGACAACACAAGGCAAAUUUAGCGACGCCGUGUCGAGAUUUAGACACGUGCUACACAGUGUGCCGUUUAUUGUCGUCGAGAAUCGUCAGGAAUUGACCGAAGCUCAGCAACUGAUCGGCAUCUGUAGAGAGUACAUACUGGGUUUGUCGAUGGAAAUAUCGAGGAAGGAGCUGCCAAAGACAAGCUUGGAUGAUCAGAAGAGAAGCUGUGAGAUGGCUGCUUACUUCACACACUGCAACCUUCAGCCAGUGCACCUCAUGUUGGCACUCCGGACAGCACAGAACCUCUUCUACAAGCUAAAGAACUUCAAGACAUGUGCCUCGUUUGCUCGUCGCCUCCUCGAACUGGGACCCAAACCGGAAAUGGCACAACAGACUCGUAAGGUUCUUCAGGCGUGUGACAAGAAUCCAAUUGACGAACACAAACUGCAGUACGAUGAGCACAACCCUUUCACAAUAUGUGGUACAAGCUACAAGCCCAUCUAUCGCGGGAAAGACUGCGCAAAGUGCCCGUUUUGUGAAUCUACAUUUCUACCAACAUACAAAGGUGGAGUGUGCGCAGUGGAUCAGGUUGCUGAAAUAGGAAAGGACACGAUUGGGUUGAGGCUGAGUCCAACCCAGUUCCGUUGAUUAGACAUAGAGAUCUGAUUUUGACUUCAAUUAGUUGCUACUCAAUUCACCGUGUUUCACACAAAAUUUAAUUUGUGUUACAGUUGGGCAACGGUAUGUGUGGGAUAGUGAGCAAUCUGAUGGGUAAGACCUGCCGUUCA